AUGGACACACCUCAGCCUUCCGAGCACCAGUGGCGAUGUCAACCACCGGGCACAAGAACUGUGACGUUCGACUGCAAAGACGCCCCAGCCAGGGCCAAGGCCGAAGACCGAAUGCGAAAGCAAAACUAUGUAGAUUGUACUAAGGGAAAACGUGGUAGUGAAGUGUGCGACAGUUACGAGAAGAAUCCCCCGUCUGAACUAAUGAAGAGCAUCUAUCCCCCCGACGAGGAGGAAGGAAAAGAUGAUAAGGGUCCUACGAAUCCCCUGUUUUGCCAUUUCUAUUGUUGCAUAUAUGGAGGUAAUGACGAGGAGAAAGAGGAUGGCGGGGGUGCUGAGGAUUGCGAGCGUAUCGAUUAUCGGAAGUAUGUUAAGGGUUACUGGAAUGCCACGCAUGUCGAGCACGAAAAGGACAAUAAGGGUGAUAAGGACCACAAGGACCAUAAGGGUAAUGAUGACGACGAUGAGGAUGAUGAUGGGAUUGAAUUGGCCUAA